AUGGGCUCUCUGCUUCAAGACCGGAACUUCAGCCACUGGUAUGGAGGGAUCCUAGCCAUCCUCAUCCUAUCAAUCUAUGUGCUUUUCAAAUCGAGAUCAUCUCGCAAGCUCAAAACACCACCAGAAGCCGCAGGCGCAUGGCCCGUCGUAGGGCACUUGCCCAUACUAGCAAAAUCCCAUCUUCUUCACAAGACCUUCGCGUCCAUGGCAGACAAGUACGGAUCAAUCUUCACCAUCAAGCUCGGGUUGUUCCCGGCCGUAGUGGUUAGCAGUUCUGAGAUAGCCAAAGAAUGUUUCACCAGGCACGACCUCGCCCUCGCGUCUCGUCCUCAGCUAUUAGCCUCUGAAGUUAUGGGUUACAACUAUGCCUUUGUGGGGUUGGCUCCUUACGGUCCAUAUUGGCGUGAAGUGAGGAAAAUCACCACCUUGGAACUGCUCUCUGGCCGAAGGAUCGAGUCAUUGCUCACCCCCAUAGUGGCCUCAGCUACGGAUAUCGCCAUUAAAGAGUUGCACAAGCUUUGGACUGAGAAGAAGAAUGAUUCAGGCCAUAUUUUAGUUGACUUGAAGCUGUGGUUUGCAAGGUUGUCUAUGAACAUUAUCCUUAAAGCUAUAGCCGGUAAGGGCUACUACAGUGGCAUUGCCACGGUUGACGAGGAAGAGAAGCGGAGGUGCCACCAUGCCUUGAGGGAAUUCUUGCAACACCUAGGGGUUUUUCCGAUGGCGGAUGCUCUUCCUUUCUUGAGAUGGUUAGACUUGGGUGGCCAUGAGAAAUCCAUGAAGAGGACCUUCAAAGAAUUGGACAAACUCCUAACUGGUUGGUUAGAGGAGCAUAAAAGGAAUGGCAAAUAUUUGAGGGAGGAUAAGGGUGAUCGAGAUUUCAUGGACGUCAUGCUUUCGACCCUUAAUGGCAUGGAAAUCGGCGGUUUCGAUGCUGAUACAGUCAUCAAAGCAACAUGCUUGGCAUUGAUAGCGGGUGGUGUGGAUACUACCAUGACUACCCUAACAUGGGCAGUCUCUUUGUUGCUAAACAACCUUCAUGUUCUAAAGAAGACUCAAGAAAUACUAGAAGCCCAAAUUGGUAAACAAAGACAUGUGAAAGAGUCGGACAUUUCCAACCUAACUUACCUACAUGCCAUAGUGAAGGAGACACUCCGAUUACACCCGCCUGGACCACUAGGCGGCCCACACAUAUCAACUGAAGAUUGCAUCAUCAACGGGCACUAUGUGCCCAAAGGCACAAGGUUGAUCUUCAACAUAUGGAAAAUUCAUACCGACUCAAGAUCAUGGCCUGAACCAAUGAAGUUUAGGCCGGAGAGGUUCUUGAAUAGUCAAAAGGAUGUUGACGUGAAGGGCCUGAAUUUUGAGUACUUGCCAUUUGGAGGUGGGAGAAGAGCUUGCCCCGGAAUGUCCUUUGCCCUUCAAUCGACGCAUUCUAUGCUCGCUAGGUUUCUGCAUGCAUUCGAGGUGUCGACUCCCAACAACUUGCCAGUUGACAUGUCGGAAGGUCUCGGAAUAACGGUCGAGAAGGCGACUCCGCUCGAAGUAAUGCUCGCACCGAGAUUGCCUAACGAGGUCUACGAAUUUACAUGA